GCCGGAACGGUAGGAAACGAUUUCAUAUCGAGCAGAUCGCAUAACGGUGCUGUGUUUUUACUCUGCACAAGCAUUAGCCCACCAGUUGAUUGAAGGGCGCUAAAUUCACACCCGUCCGUUCCCUCCAGGGGGUUGCAUCCGCCGUAGUGAUGAAUGCCGGGACAGCUGGCAGAGUACCAAGGAAGCGAGACGUGGAGCAAGUGUUAAGCUUUUUGCAUCUCCUGAUUUCGGUGAUGCUGGGGACGGCGUGAUAGUCCAAAAAUAGUUCCCAGCAAAAGAGUACGAAACGCCAGGGAAUAACUGGUGUAGGAGGAUUAUUUGCGCGGUGCAAAAUGGAUUCAUUUCGGUGUGCAGUUUUACGGUAGUGAUUCUACAGUAGUUUUUCGAGUAGAACGAAAAUAAUCCCGGUGUGCAUACCUCUCGGUGUUUUGAGUGUCAUGAAGCUGAUAUUGGAACUUAACGUUUACUACUAGCUUUACGAAGCGUACCCGGAAACGAAUCGUUCAGCAACCGGAGCUGAAAUGAAUCACGCAUACUUACUAUACUAAUUGUCUGUGAUAGCUAUUAUCUUUUUGGAAGCUGCUUACUGUAACCACGAUUUUGUCUGUUUUUUCUUCUCCAAAAUAAAAUAACAAGAAAAAAACAUAAAACAAAAAACAAAAAUAGACUUAGUGCGAGUGUGAACGUAUUUCUCAAAACGAAUUUAUAAGGACUUUACCCAUGUCACUUGAAGGCACAGCUGCUGUCGGAAAACGGUGCUCGAACGGGGCAUCCGUGUGCGCGGUUCGCUAUUCUUCAGGAUUACAUCGGUUCAAAACGUGAGCCAAGAGCAUGCGAAAAAUCUCCGACGAUAACAUAAGGAGAUUUACUUACUGAGAAGCAAGGAGUUUUACCCAUCACCCAGCUACCCAUCGCUUACAUUUCGGCACGAAAUCGAAUUCCUGUGAUUGUUUGAAAGGUUCCGGAUAAGUUAGUGAUGGAUACGCAAAUGUAAAUGUAUGUGAUUGGAUAAAUGUUCUGGAACGAAAGGAAAUGUGUUGUUUUGUGUUCAGUAAACAUCUUGUGUAAUGUUGUGACUGCUACAUAAGUGCUACACAGAAACGUUCGCCCGAGGUUUACGUGCUGCUGGGGCGAACUGAUAGAGUGAAACUUUUCUAGCGUUAUUUUCGGGGUCCGUGUGAACCAACCAGUGGUAGAAGAACUAGCAAUACCCAUUAUUUCCUACAAAUUGGAGACAAUAAAUAUUGUUAGUCGUGAGAGGAUAAUUCUACGGAGCCAGACAAGUUAAAAAGUGUCAGUGGGAUAGAUUUACCGACGGGAAGUAGGACUAGUGAGUGAAAGAAACGUGUUUCGGGAAAUUGGACGGAUUAGUGUUUAGAUUUCCGAUAUGAGUGAUGAUCUUAUCCAGAAGCAUUAGGUGACAAUCGGUUUCUAUCGAGCGAACUAUAUAUAAUAAAUAGCGAUGAUCGGUAGCGUAGGAGGCCGACAUAUGUCGACCCGGCGACGUGGUUCCUCGCCGAUGGUCCGCAUGGGAAAUAAUCUCAGCAUGCAACUGGAACCACCCGAAGGCCUAAUCACACCGCGCGUCUCUCCCCGUCGGCGGCGCGCUGUAACAACCAGUGAUCACAAGAGCUGUGCUUUAAUUCAAACAAGACUGAAACUCGGAGAUAUCAUGUUGGCAGCGGCUCAAGAAGCGGCGCUCGCAGGUCAGGGCUCCAACGGGGGCCAAUUUGGGCGCAAAGGAGGCCACUACUUAGCUGAUAAGAUGGGCGGCCCCAGUAGUCAGGGAGGCCAGCCUCCAUCGGGAGGCGGGCCUACGUCGCUGUUCAUCCUCUCCGAGGAUAACAUCAUUAGAAAAUACACACGAUUCAUUAUCGAAUGGCCACCCUUUGAGUACGCCGUACUGCUGACAAUCAUUGCCAACUGCGUGGUACUGGCACUCGAGGAGCAUCUGCCCCAUGGUGACAAGACUCUGCUCGCCCAGAAACUGGAGAAGACGGAGGCCUACUUUCUGGGUAUCUUCUGCGUGGAGGCCUCGCUGAAGAUUCUCGCAUUGGGAUUCGUUAUGCACAAACACUCCUACCUCAGAAACAUAUGGAACAUUAUGGAUUUUUUCGUCGUAGUCACGGGAUUCAUCACAUUAUUCCCACAAAAGGGGCCGGAAGUAGAUCUGAGAACGUUGAGGGCAAUCCGUGUGUUACGGCCCCUGAAAUUAGUGUCUGGAAUUCCUAGUUUACAAGUAGUUUUAAAAUCAAUCAUCAAAGCCAUGGCACCGUUGCUGCAAAUAGGAUUGUUGGUCUUGUUUGCAAUUGUUAUCUUUGCAAUCAUAGGCUUAGAAUUUUACUCUGGUGCUCUACAUAGAAGUUGUUAUAGCUUAGAAGAUAUCUCUCAAAUAGUAAAGGAGGGCGAAUUUCCAACGCCCUGCAAUGCGGACAAUGACACGAUAGCACCGACCGGUGCGUACGUCUGUAACAGCAGUGAGAGUACGUGUGUUGAGCAAUGGGAAGGUCCCAACUUUGGUAUAACCAGCUUCGACAAUAUCGGUUUUGCCAUGUUAACCGUGUUCCAGUGUAUUACGAUGGAAGGCUGGACGGCAAUCCUCUAUUGGACCAACGAUGCUUUAGGAUCAACCUUCAACUGGAUCUACUUCGUACCACUGAUAGUGCUGGGGUCAUUCUUCAUGCUUAAUCUAGUUCUCGGUGUUCUCAGCGGGGAAUUUUCGAACGAGCGAGGUCGGGUCGAAAGGCGGGCACAGUUCCACAAGUGCCGGAAGCGACAAGUGUUCGCCGAAGCCAUGACGGCCUACCUAGACUGGAUCACGCAAGCAGAGGAAGUAAUCCUGGCCGAAGAAAGAACCACCGAAGAGGAACGCUUGCACAUCAUGGAAGCUCGCAGACGAGCGGCUGCCAAGCGGAAAAAGCUGAAAAAUCUCGGCAAAUCCAAGUCCACCGACACCGAAGAGGACGAUCCGGACGACGACUGUGCCGAUGAUGGUUACCUCAAGUCGAAGGUGCGAACGCAGGGCAAGUGCAAAGGCUUUUGGAGAGCGGAGAAACGGUUUCGCUUCUGGAUCCGACAUACUGUCAAAACGCAAUGGUUCUACUGGUUCGUCAUCGUACUGGUGUUCUUCAAUACAGUCUGCGUUGCGGUUGAACACUACGGUCAACCGGACUGGCUAACCCAAUUUCUAUAUGUGGCCGAAUACGCUUUUCUCGGCCUGUUCAUGAUGGAAAUGUGGAUUAAAAUGUACGCCCUUGGGCCACGGAUAUACUUCGAGUCGUCCUUCAACCGGUUCGACUGCGUAGUCAUCAGCGGGUCCAUCUUCGAGGUGGUGUGGUCCGCGGUGAAGGGUGGCUCCUUCGGCUUGUCGGUGCUGAGAGCACUGCGAUUGCUUAGGAUAUUUAAGGUUACAAAAUACUGGUCAUCGCUGCGCAACUUGGUGAUCUCGUUACUCAACUCGAUGAGAUCCAUCAUUUCCCUGUUGUUCCUACUCUUCCUGUUCAUACUUAUCUUCGCACUGCUGGGAAUGCAACUGUUCGGAGGACAGUUCAAUUUGCCGGACGGAACACCGCCAACAAACUUCAACACGUUUCCGAUCGCACUGCUGACGGUGUUUCAGAUUUUAACCGGAGAGGACUGGAACGAGGUAAUGUACCAGGGAAUCGAAUCUCAGGGAGGCCACAAGAAGGGUAUGAUUUACUCGCUGUACUUCAUCAUCCUGGUGCUGUUCGGUAACUAUACACUGCUAAAUGUGUUCUUGGCUAUCGCCGUUGACAAUUUGGCUAACGCACAAGAGCUAACUGCCGCCGAGGAAGAACAAAUGGAGGAGAACAAGGAGAAGCAACAGAUGGAGUUGGAUAAGGAAAUGGAAGCGCUACAUCUGCAAACCGAUGGGUCGCCGCCGCGAGUGGAGGUGUCGUCACCUUCACCCUCUCGGGGGAACGGUGGCAAGGCAAGCAAAAAAGACGAGGAUGAAAAGGAGGAAGACGACGACGACAUUCCGGACGGGCCGAAACCGAUGCUGCCGUACUCUUCGAUGUUUGUACUUUCGCCAACAAAUCCAAUUCGUUGCGCCGCACAUUGGGUGGUUAAUCUACGCUAUUUCGAUUUCUUCAUUAUGGUCGUCAUUUCACUGUCGUCCAUUGCACUAGCCGCCGAAGAUCCAGUCGAUGAGGAAUCCGAUCGAAACCGGAUUUUGAACUUUUUCGAUUACGCAUUUACUGGGGUGUUCACGAUUGAGAUGCUGCUGAAGAUUGUGGAUUUGGGAGUGAUUCUACAUCCGGGAAGCUAUCUGCGUGAAUUCUGGAAUAUCAUGGACGCUGUGGUCGUCAUCUGUGCAGCCGUCAGCUUUGGCUUUGAUAUGACGGGUAGCAGCGCUGGCCAAAACUUGUCCACUAUCAAAUCGCUUCGGGUGCUGAGAGUGCUGCGUCCACUGAAAACAAUCAAACGAGUGCCGAAGCUGAAAGCGGUCUUCGAUUGUGUCGUCAACUCGCUGAAAAACGUCACCAACAUCCUGAUCGUGUACAUUCUGUUUCAUUUUAUCUUUGCGGUCAUCGCGGUGCAGUUGUUCAAUGGCAAGUUCUUCUACUGCACCGAUGACAGCAAGCAUACCAGCGAGGAGUGCAAAGGUUCGUUCUUUGUUUAUGACGGCACUGAUCAACUGCCGAGGCGUGAAGUUCGAGAGUGGAGAACGCAAAGCUUCCACUACGAUAAUGUGGCCACUGCCAUGCUUACGCUCUUUGCUGUGCAAACGGGUGAAGGUUGGCCUCAGGUACUACAAAAUUCGAUGGCUGCUACCUACGAAGACAAGGGUCCAAUCCAAAAUUUCCGAAUAGAAAUGUCCAUAUUCUACAUAGUGUAUUUCAUCGUGUUUCCAUUCUUCUUCGUUAACAUAUUCGUGGCCUUGAUUAUCAUUACAUUUCAAGAGCAAGGUGAAGCCGAACUGCAGGACGGAGAAAUAGAUAAAAAUCAGAAAUCGUGCAUAGAUUUUACGAUAGGUGCUAGACCGUUAGAACGAUAUAUGCCAAACAAACUUAAUAGUUUUAAAUACAAGGUCUGGCGAAUAGUCGUUUCCACGCCAUUCGAAUAUUUUAUAAUGAUGUUAAUCGUGUUCAAUACGUUACUACUAAUGAUGAAGUAUCACAAUCAAGGAAAAGAGUUUGAGAAAUCGUUAAAGUAUCUCAACAUGGGAUUUACCGGGAUGUUUAGUGUUGAGACGAUACUGAAAAUUAUCGGAUUUGGCGUAAAGAAUUUUUUCAAAGACCCUUGGAAUAUAUUCGAUUUUAUAACAGUUAUUGGAAGUAUUAUCGACGCAUUAGUUUUAGAAUUAGGGGAAAACUCAUUCAACGUUGGAUUUUUAAGACUGUUUCGUGCUGCACGACUAAUCAAACUACUUCGACAAGGUUAUACAAUACGAAUAUUACUUUGGACCUUUGUUCAAUCAUUCAAAGCACUGCCAUAUGUCUGUUUGCUGAUUGCCAUGCUAUUUUUUAUCUACGCAAUUAUUGGCAUGCAGGUGUUUGGGAAUAUUGAACUAGAGCCUGAAUCAGCUAUCACUAGACACAACAACUUCCGUUCCUUUGUCCAAGGACUGAUGCUACUGUUCAGAUGUGCAACGGGCGAGUCGUGGCCGAACAUUAUGCUGGCAUGUCUCAAAGGACGACCGUGUGACCCGAGGGCAGGCAAGACUAACGAAACCUGCGGAUCAACGAUGGCUUACGCGUACUUCGUGUCGUUCAUCUUCUUUUGCUCGUUUCUUAUGCUGAAUUUGUUCGUUGCUGUCAUCAUGGACAACUUUGACUAUCUGACACGUGAUUCCAGUAUUCUCGGUGCCCAUCAUCUGGACGAGUUUGUACGGAUAUGGGCCGAGUACGAUCCAAACGCUACGGGUAGAAUACUUUAUACAGAAAUGUAUGAUAUGUUAAAAAACAUGGAUCCUCCUUUGGGAUUUGGUAACAAAUGUCCCAACCGACUCGCCUACAAGAAGCUCAUCCGCAUGAACAUGCCACUGGACGCGGAGGGAAAGGUCGGAUUUACUACGACCCUCUUUGCGCUGAUCCGGGAAAACCUCAACAUCAAAAUGAGAACUGCCGAAGAAAUGGACCAAGCGGACCAGGAACUGCGACAAACCAUAAGCCAUAUCUGGCCACUGCAGGCGAAAAAGAUGCUGGACCUGCUGGUGCCCCGAAAGGAAGAACUGAACACGGGCAAACUAUCGGUGGGCAAGAUUUACGCCGGCCUGCUCAUCCUGGAGUCCUGGCGCAACACCAAGUUCGGUCAGAUUGAGUCGGAUCUGCCGAAGCCGUCGCUGUUCAACGCGAUCCUGGACAUGGCCGCCCUCGAAAAGACGGGCGGCUCGCGGACCGGUUCGCUGAGUAUCGAGAACGGCGAAGGUGUCAACUCGCAGACGCACCUGCUGUACGUCCCGGCCCCCAAUGGAAACCACGAGGGCGAACACGAGGGCACUCUGGCCAGUCUGGCUCGGCGAACCACCAUGCGCAAGCGCUCCUUCAGGAACAGAAAGCUUUUAGAGCUACAGGAUGUUUCCCGGCAGCCGUCGCUGGAGUCACUGACAGGUGCUGACGAUGGCCAUCUGCACCCGGGCCAUGUGUUCCAGAAUGGGCAUCGAAGGUCGCCCAGUUUGAGGAGAGAAUCGCCACUGGUGCGAACGCCAAGCCCGCGACGGCGGCAUCACCAGCACGAUAUAGGCUUCUCGGACACGGUAUCAAACGUCGUCGAAAUUCAAAAGGAAGAGCACAGACGCGGUAGGCAUCAUUUCGGCUACGCCCACAGGCACAACCGAGGUUCCUGGUCAGCAUCAACCAGCCCCGCCCGUUCACCAUCACCCAGUCGUUUCGGUGUACAUAGUAGUGCCCAGCAUCGUAGUAGAAAAGAUCGCCCCAAAAACCAUCCGGCCCACCAAACGUACGACACGACGAUCCUCUGCGAGCGGUCUCGAUCGCCGAGUCCUGCCAGUUUGCUCCAAGAGCUGCGGGACCGGGAUCACGCGCGGCGGAAGUAUAGGAAUGGAAUGGGGCACGUACAGCACAGCUACCCGGUACUGGUAACGCGGCGACAGGGACAGGGUCGAAGAUUGCCACCGACGCCAUGCAAACCGUCGACGCUGCAGCUAAAGCAAACUAACAUCAACUUUCCUAAGCUGAACGCUAGUCCAACUCACACUUUGCACUCAACUCACACGACGCCACACAGUGUUCACUCGAUGCCCCAACCGCGGGAAUUCCUGCGGGAACGGGAACGAGAUCGCGACCGGGAUCUGUACUAUCGGGAGCGGGAUCGAGAACGGGACCGGGAGCGCUAUCGCAGUAGUCGCGAGCGGGAUUCACGGGACUACGGUCAGGUGCACUACGAAUUCCGGGAUCGCGAGCGGGAGCUGUACGAGCGCGAGCGGGAAAUCGAGCGAGAGUUCGAACGCGAGUACGAGCGCAUGGAACACCACGUGCCCCUCUCGUAUGAGCAGGCGUUGGCGAUGGGUCGAACCGGCGGCCGCGUUCUUCCAUCACCGAUACUGAACGGAUACAAACCGAAGGGAGGCCUUCACUCGUCCCGCCAUUCGGACUCGGACGACGAGGACUGGUGCUAGCACAGGGUGAGACGGCGACAGUGCGAACGCAAACGAAGGGAACAGAUAUGGGUGUGAUGCAACAAAUAGCAUGUACUGGUGAACGUGUACGACAUUGAAAUAAAACUCACAAAUCGUCGGAUCAUUUCCCUGUAGCCGAUGAUCGCCGGUCGAAUUUGGCGAGAGGUUCAAGCUUUACAGGGGAAAAUGCUUCGAAAUAAAGCUUUACAACCCACCAGGACCAAAAGGAGAAAACAAAACUGGGCUUUAGGAGGUCCUAACCAUUAGUUUAUAUGCCAAGGACGAUUAUUCACUGAUCGAUCGGUGGUCCCAUGACCCGUCAACAUUGGGACAUUCCGUGUGAUGCCAAAUAAUAUAGAAUAAAUGCGCUAUCAUCAACGAUACUUGGUAGUGCUUGAGUUAGAGUUUCCUGAAUUUUUUGCGUAAGGCCUUAGUUAGUACGAGUUCAAAAAUCAACUCUUUUUGCUAAGCGAACCAGAACGGAGAAUAUGAGAAGCUCUACUUAAUCGUUACUGAACUUAAGAGAAUAAGAACAAACUGAACCUGCCUUUGAAGCCACAAAAAUAAAAAUAAAAACAAAUGUAGAAUGGUCGAAUAAUCACAAACAGUUAUAAACUACAAGUUUACCGCAAUGCGAAGGUAAGCUGAAACUAACGUUGAGAAAAGAAUCCUCUAUAGAGUUACUGGUUUCCAAGUGUUUAAUAUUUCUAAUUAGCAGAGCGGAAAAGUUUUGUAUAUACGACAAACUGAGUAACAAUAGAAAAACCUAGUUUCAAUAACUAUCACUCAAAAUGUACUCCAGUUGGUAAGCGGUGUAAAUUUUAUUCUAUUAAUAAUAUUUGCUUCGACUAGUUUCACUAUCCAGCCCUCGUCAGAAAUGUUUUUCUCUCUACACUAGAACGGAAACUCUCAGUUUGAUGACCCGGGGAGGAGGUUUUCCAUAUCAUAACUAUCACUUCGAAUCAAGAACAAAAAAAACACCUCUACCAGAAUAUUUAGAUCAAAAGACUGAAUUUCAACCAAAAUAUCAGCGGAAUACAACAAGCAGAAACAAGCACAUUGGAACGCGAAAUUUUUCGUAGAGUAGAAAAGUAUAAGGGUCAUUUUGACGUUGUCAGUCUAGCGAAUCAUUUAACUUACAAAACCGAAUGUUGGCGUAGUCCAUAGCAAAUAGUAUUGAACUGGGAUGAAAAGUAGACUCAUAGAAGAAACUGACGUAGGAAACAAGCGGUAAACGAGUAGAAGAUAGACUUUUUAUAUGACCGUAUUUUUAGAGUGAUUGUAGUUUUUACACUCGCUAGAAAUUCAAGUAUUAGAGUAACGUGUGCACAGUACCGAACAGCGGCGAGAAAGUACUGGCCUAGACAUUGUAGUUCUUCAUCAACUGCACAAUUUCCUUACAACCCAAAUUCUGCUUUCUGGGUCAUCAAAUUAAGUUAGUUUCUACACUCUAGGCUACUAGUUGAAGUCAAAAUUAGGUUUGUCAACUUAAGUGUAGAGUGUAGAGUGUAAAUGAAAUAAGAUAGUAAUUUAAAUUUAACUAUGUCAUUAUAAGACACACCUCGAGCUGUUUUAUUCAAAUUUAUCUUCAUUAUUGAGGGCAAGGCUUAUUCAUCGUAACUCAUGUUAAAAAUAUGUUGAACAUGUUAUUGAAGUCUUUUAAACACUUGUUGGCUUUUUUAAAAUAUCAGCUAGAAUAUUUUAUUUUUGUCCUCGCAGAACUUGUCUGCACAAAGAAAUAACACAAUUUUGGUAAGACAAAAAUGCCACGGGAAACCUUUAUUUAGUAACAUUUUCUCACCAUCUUGGAAUCGAUAUCUCUAGCCAAUAGUUUGCUUGAAUUGCCAAACUGCCAGACACUAGUACGAACGAAACAAUUGAAAUUACUAAUCAAACAGGCUCCUCUUUGCUCUCUACCAUUUAAAUCGUUUCCGGUGGCUAAACCGUACCUUCGCAUAUCGCCUGUGGAAAGCCAUCGUAGAAACCUAGAUAGUUUGACGGAAGAGUUUCAAUAUCCUUUGGGAAGCCAAUAAAAGCGAAUGCUUCUGUAGUAAUACGUUCUUGGAGGAUGUAAAAUGAAAACCUAAUAAAAAGCUAAUCUUCGAUGGGCUAUCAAUGUGCAUAUAAAAACAAAAACAAGCAAGUAAGCAAGCUAACCAAACAAAAACUCGCAAUGAACCAUUCUCACAAUGUGAGACAGACCCGUAUAAAGCGUCGCCGCGUCGAGAGUAGAAGUCGUGUUUUCCUCAUACAUAUAUCGAAGUUUACAUUUAGGAGGUGUAGUAGCAUCAUCACCAUCAUUUAUUCGACCGUUAGAUCAUCGUUCAUCCACACCGCUUGGACGUUAGUGUAGUGUUUUAGCAAAUAGGAAAAAACGCGCGAGAACCGUACGUAAAGUUACAGGCUGUAGUCUAAAGCAAUCCAAUCGAAUUGCUUGACAUCGGAGAGGAAACAUUUCUAUUAGAAUAUAUUAUGGAAAACAUACUUUUUAAUCUUGUACGGAAAUCCUGUAAAUACAUUUUUCUGUGAUAUAUAAAUUGUAAAAGGUAACAGUUUUCAACGUGAGAAUGCGACAGAUCGAAGCACAUUGACUUGCAAGGGGUCCGAAUGUGCACUCGCAAGGCUAUGUUUUUGUUUGCCUUCUCGUCAGUUUUUCCCUUACCAAAUUUUUGCUUUUGCAUGUCGUUAGAAAAAGAUCGCGAGCAGAUCCUUCCACGGUUUAUUGUUAAUUUUUUUAAACAUCCAAUUUCAUCAAGUUCUUCGAUAGAAUUUCUGUUCAACAGGAUAAAUAUGGUAUGUUAAUAUGACGAAUCGUUAAGUUGCAGUAUAGGUAUAGCAAUUCUUGCAGGUAUUAGGUUGUCGAAAGUACUAGCGAAAUAGUAGAGUAUUGGAAAAGUAAGUUUAUAAAUAUAUAUCGUGGUACGCCCAGACACAGUAGGUAAUGAACGAAAAUGUUUUUAGACAAAAAGGAAUAAGGAAUACAAAGGAAUAUAAAACAAGCUAGGAAACUAUCAAACAAAAUUUGUAAUUAUUAUGUUCAAGAAGUUUAAAAGAAGGUAAUAAAUUCAACCAUACCAAAUA